GUGAGCGUGUUGCCGCUGAACAGCAUAGCGUGUGCUGGCAGGAAGAGGAAGAGAAGAGCGAGCAGUGAAAAAAAAAAAAGAAAAAAAAAAAGUGUUUUGUUCACCCCAGGAAGACGCUGACAUGAUGUGAGUGAGCCGGGCUCCCAGACAUGAUCUUCUAGCACCAAGAGUUCCGAGUGGACAUGGCUCUGGUCUGCGCCCAAGCGGAGGUAAAAGAGGGCGUCGCCCAAAGAGGGGAGGCGGAGAAACUGAAAAGGUCCGAACUAGAGGAGGAGGAGACAAAGGACGAGGAUUUAGUGGACGUUGAUGACUUGCCGCAGGAUGCGAGUGACGCACGUGUCCCCCCGCCACACCUGUACCUGGGCUUCAAGCCCCUAUGCAGGGAGGGGCUACUUCUCGGAAGCAUGCGCAGCAAGGAGGAGGAGGACGCCAAACAAGCUCGCCGGCUGACCCCCGACUUCCCGGACGCGCUCUACGAGCUGCUGUGCACGCUGCAGGAGGGCCGGCGCCUCAAUGACCAGCGCUGCUCCUUCAGGCUGGAGGGCGCCAUGAGGAGGCGGUGCCACUCCGAGCCCAACGUCCUGGGGCACGCAGACAGAGGCGAAGGGCGGAGAGUCAUCUUCUCCUCCAUGACGUCGCUGCAGAGGGAGGAGUUCUUCGAGCUGGUGGCCACGGCCCAAGCUCGCCGCCUGGAGGACCAGAGGGCACACCUGCAGAGGCUCCCGCGGGCCAAACCCAAGGCCAGAAGUUUCCGGGGCAGCCUAAAGCAGCUGUCUUUGCCCAGGAGGCCUCCGAGGGCCGCUCCCGUCCCCAAGGAGGACCUGUACAACAUGAUCCUCACCACGCAGGCCCAAGGCAGGCUGGAGGACCAGCGUAGUCGGGCCCCGGGGCCCAUGGAUGACGAGGACUUCUUCUCCCUGCUGCUGAGGGUCCAGGGGGGACGCAUGGACGAGCAGAGGACUGAGCUACCAAACCUGCUGCACAUUUAAGAUGUGGAAGGAACCGGGGGGGAGAGAGUCUGGCUUUUUUUUAGGUCAACGUGCUUUUCUUCUAACGCGUCACUGAACGUCUGCUUGGAAUGUUUGAGCCCUUUUGACCACGGGAAUCACUCUGGAACACAAAAAUAAUAAAAUAUCAAACGUCUUGCUUCCUUUA